UAAUUGGAAAUUACAAGGUAACAGGGAUUUUAGAUUUUUAGUUCCAUUGAUUUCUUAACAGUGUUAUCACACAUGUAACGGAACUUGAUUCCAAUACGAAUUAUUUAGUAAAUGGUUUCAAGUUGCUCUGCUUGUCUGACCAUACUUCACUCCCACAAGACAACAAAAAAAGGUCACAAAACUCCAUUAAGCCGGCCGACAGAAAAUAUAAUUUCCAUCCAAGAACCGACAUAUAUUAUAUAAAUAAUAAUUAAAUUGUUAAAAAAAGAUUUUAGUUGGUCAAGUCCAAAAAAUCGUAUAUAAAUCUUUGUACACAAAGCACGUUCCAAAUACACAUACUCAGUCCUUAGUGACCACUCCACAGUAGACAAAAACAUGCCAGUCACCAGCAGCUCCCAAAGCUUCAGCAGCUUCGUUAACGGUUGGCUGAUUCGUCACAGGUAUUUCGUCGAACAGCUUACAUGCGCCUCUUCCUUCGACGAAACCAACGAAGAGCAGCAACAAUCUCUCGUGACCCAGUUUCUAUCUCACUGUCUCCAAUACUACCAAGAGAAAUCCUCCGCCGUCUCCCUCGCCGGAGACAACGUUUUCACCUUCUUCUGCCCGCCGUGGUUCACCUCCUACGCCAGGCUCAUCCUCUGGGUCGGCGAUUUCAAGCCUUCUCUCGUCUUCAAACUCACGGACUCCACGGUCGACGACCUCACGCGCCACCAGAGGGACCGGAUCUCGAGCCUCCGGUCGGAGACGAGGAGGAGAGAGAGGGACGUGAUGAGGGAUUUCGCGCUGGUGCAGCAGAGCGUGGCGGAUCCGCCGGUGAUGCUCGCGGCGAGGCGAGUGGGGGCGAGGGGGUUGGUGGACGGGGAGGAGUCGGAUUUGGAGGAGGCGAUGGAGGUGCUUAAGAGAGGGAUGGCGAGGGCGAUGAACAGCGCGGAUGAGCUGAGGUGUUCGACGGUGGGGAAAGUGGUGGAGAUUCUUACUCCGUCGCAGGCGGUUAAGGUGUUGAGGACCAUCGGUGAGCUUCAUCUUCGGUUGAGAGAGUUAGUGGGUUUGGAGAGACACCACCAAUGAGUUUGCUCUGCUUCUUCCCUAAUUUUUCAUUUGGAUCUGUUUCGGAUUUAAAAAAAAACAUUCACUGUUUUUGAUC